AUGAACCUAUCUCUUCUAGAUCCAUUUGCUGUCUUGAAAGAGUUCCCGGAAACAUUGACUAAUACAUUAUCCUUCGGUCAUUCUGUUUUCAUCAAGUAUAAUGAUACAGGUGAUUACCUUGCGUCAGGUUUAUCAAGUGGAACUAUAUUAAUCAUCGAUAAUGAUACAAAGAACGUUAUAAUGAAGCUUAAGGGACAUAUAAGGUCUAUUCAAUCAUUGUCAUGGUCAAAAUGUGGUCGGUAUCUGCUAUCGGCAUCAAGAGAUUGGAAAUGUUUACUUUGGGAUUUGAAGUUUAAUAAGAUCAUAAGAAAAUUUAAUUUUAAUGGACCCAUUUGGAACGCUGAAUUGAAUCCUAAUGAUCUUUCAGAAAUAGUCAUAUCACUUUAUGAUGAUACUCCGAAGUUCAUCAACAAUAAUGAAGUUAAAGAACUUGAUGACAGUAAAACAUUGGUGACAAUUUUCCAUCCAGAUGGUGAACUUAUAUUUACAGGUACGAAUAAGGGACUUAUAAAGAUCAUAUCAAGGACAAGCUUGAAAGUUUUAUUUGAAGAGAAAAUAUCAAACUCCAGUAUCAAAAAUAUAAUCAUAUCAAGUAAUGGGCGUAAGAUGGCAGUCAAUUCAUCAGAUCGUAUCAUACGACAAAUUUCACUGCCAGAUUUUUCAACUGAUCCACAAUUAUGGGAACUUGAAACAGAGCACAAAUAUCAAGAUGUUGUUAAUAGGCUUCAAUGGAAUUCAAUUUUGUUCAAUAGUAACUCUGAAUAUUUAAUUGCUUCAGCAUUUGGAUCGGCACAUGUUAUUUAUAUGUGGGAAACAUCUAUGGGUUCAUUAGUCAAAAUUCUGGAAGGUCCUAAAGAGGAACUAGUUGACAUUGAAUGGAAUUUCAAAAAAUGCAUAAUAGGAGCUACAGGUAUUGAUAGUGGUACAAUUUAUUUAUGGACGUUAGUGAUACCUCAAAAAUGGAGUGCAUUGGCACCGGAUUUUGUUGAAAUUGAAGAGAAUAUCAAUUAUGAAGAGAAAGAAGAUGAAUUUGAUAUUGUUCCAGAAGAUGAGAUUAACCAAAAACAACUAAAUGCAGAAGAUGAGUAUAUUGACAUUUUAACAAAGGAUAAAAGUGAUGCAAGAGGAUAUGACCUAAAGAGUACGUUUGUGAUAACGAUUGACUAUGAAGGUAUUGACCUAUCUGAUGGUGAUGAUUGA